GAACGUGUCGGUGUUGUUGUUUCGUAGGCGUUCCGUGGUUCGUGCGGUCUGCGCUUUUCGCGUGCAUUUAGCUGAAUAACGGAAAAUGCUUGUCCUUCGCUGCAAAGCAAAUAACAUUCUCGUUUAAUUACGAUCGUGUUUAUUUCAAUUCGUCACAUGACGCUCCUAAGUCGUGUUUUGUCGCGGUGUUUGCGUGCUAGCGGAUUCGUUGUGCAAAGCGUUGCCAUUGCUUACUGUGUCGUCGAAUUCGGCGGGGACCUAGUUAUAUGCAGCGGUUCUUCCAUGGAGCCUACGAUUGCGUCCAAUGACAUCCUUUUCACUGAACACAUAUCUGUGCACAUGAACCGCAUUCGGAGAGGCGACAUCGUUAUAGCGAAGUGCCCCAACAAUCCGCGGCAAUACAUUUGCAAAAGAGUCGUUGGCGUUCACGGAGACCAACUGAUUUCCGGGCUCUUCGUGCAGAGGAUACCAAAAGGACAUGUUUGGCUUGAAGGUGACAACAAGGAGAAUUCAACGGAUUCCCGUGCAUAUGGCCCUGUUCCACUUGGCCUUGUCAGGGGACGAGCAGUGUGUCGGCUCUAUCCAUAUAGGAAUGCCACCUUCUUCCGGGACAACACCUUUUCGCAAUGAAGAGACCGCUUUGUCUGAAGAAAGUUUCGUUUUAUUUACAAGCUUCUAGGCGGGCCUUCAAGUCCUUUACUGUGGAGCUCCACGUCCACGUCCGAAGCCUCCCUGCUGCAAAAGGAAGCGAAUAGUAAUUCAUUUAAGACUGCAU